CAGCCCUGAUAUCUGUGCGUAACGCGAGUCCCAUGCGCUCCCAUUCAUUAGCAGCGCGCGGGUGUGAGCGAGUGUGUGUGUUUGUGUGCUCCCGCGCGCGCUGUCCCUACUGAUUUCUACACAUGGAGAUGAUGAGACUCUGCUAACACGAGUGAUCCUUCUAGAUUGGAUACCUUUCGGGAUCGCACCUGAAUCAGCGUGUUUGCGCUAGGACUCUCCAUCUGGGUCUAUUAACGGAUCAUAUCUGCCUAUAGGCCACAUAUAGAAGAAGAUCUGUCUAUAUAAUGCCGACACAUAUACGACUUCGGAGAAGGUCAUUUCUCGGGCUUAUAUUUCUCUUCUCGCUGUCCACUUCUGCACUGUACUUCAUCUAUUCAGCUCCUGGUAUAGUUAAUGAAUACCUGUUCAUGGCUCAGGCCCGGGGGAUCCAGAUCCGGGAGAACGUGAGGAGCAUGGGCGCUCAGGUGCUGGAGCAGAUGGUGCGCAGCGCCUACAACGUCAACGGCACAGAGUACACGUAUGAGUUUAACUUCAACGAGACAGAAGUUCCCACCACUCCUUUCCUCCCGCUGGGCUUUACAUACCGGCCGGAUCACGUGUGCCCGGAGAAGCUGCCCUCCAUGAAAGGCCGGCUGAAGGUGAACAUGAGUGAGAUCGCUCUAUCAGACGUGGAGAAGCUUCUGGACCGGGCAGAUACGAGUCUUUCUCUCGGAGGACACUGGAAACCUCACGACUGUCUCCCACGCUGGAAGGUGGCCAUCUUGGUACCUUUCCGAAAUCGCGUUGAGCACCUCCCGAUACUUUUCCGGCAUCUGAUCCCAGCACUGCAGAGACAGAGACUGCAGUUCGGCGUCUACGUCAUCGAACAGGCCGGAAACGAACCGUUCAAUCGUGCCAUGCUGUUUAAUGUCGGGUUCAAAGAGGCCAUGAAGGACUUGAACUGGGAUUGCGUGAUAUUCCACGAUGUCGACCACAUCCUGGAGAACGACCGCAACUACUAUGGCUGUGGUGAAAUGCCACGACACUUUGCAGUCGAACUCAACAAGUACUCUUACAUGCUUCCCUAUGAGGAGUUCUUCGGUGGCGUGAGCGGGAUGACCGCGGAUCAGUUCCGGAAGAUAAACGGCUUUCCCAAUGCUUUCUGGGGCUGGGGAGGGGAAGACGACGACCUCUGGCACAGGGUUCAGUUCGCCGGCUACAAAGUGAGUCGACCUCAUGGAGAGCUCGGCCGUUACAUGUCUAUACCACACCACCACCGAGGAGAAGUGCAGUUUUUGGGCAGAUACAAGUUGCUUCGUAGAUCCAAGGAAAGACAGAGUCUGGAUGGCCUGAAUAACUUGAAUUACUCCCCUCUAGUGUCCCGGAGGAGUCUUUACACGAAUGUGUCAGUGACACUCAGUCGAGACCUGGCGCCCAUCGCUGACUACUGACAUCACACACGGGACGGCCGGAGAGACACAUGCCACAUGCCAAACCACGUUAUCCAUUUAAGUUAUUUUUU